CCAAUCUUCGACCAUCUCUUCCCCUGAUCUGAACCCCUUCAUCUUCGAUCUCGCAUUGCAGGCUCUCCUCUUUUGUGUGGCCCGGCCCAUUUCGUCGACCAGGCUCCCCCACAGAUCAGCCCGGGAAACGUGCCCUCUAUGUCAUCCAAUUGAAAGCGCCCCGCAUCACUCCAGACUCUGCCAGGGCUCCCAAGGCCGGCCGACGUCCACCAUCGUGUCUCUCCCCCACGAACUGGCUAUUUUACCAGCCAACCGCGGCCUCGGUUGGCUUCGCCUUCGAUUCCUUUGACUGUAAAGUACCGCCUUCGCCCCCCUUGGGUGGUCAGACAACCCCCCCCCAGCUGCCUCGACGGUCCGUUUCCGACACUCUCCAGAAAGCGCAAGGGAAAAAAACUUGGAGAAAUCGUCCUUCGAGGUGCCUGGCUCUCGCUGAUCUCUCCAAAUUCCCAAUUGACACCCGCACUAAUCCUCUGGGCCCCCGGCUUUUCUUGCGCGAGGUCACUGUUACACUCACCUUGACUCUUUUUUCUUGUUACGUACCUCGUGUUCCUCUCUGCGCCUGAUUCCACUCUUCAGAGCACCGACCGCCAAAUCCAACUCGCACCCUCCAGCGAACCGUCUUGCAGUUCCUAUCGUUGCAACGCACCUCUAGCCGCGCGCUGUUUUCAGAAAAGAGGGAGAUAAUCUGAGUUGAGACAAAGCCGCCUUGUUCAGCGGCUACGUCUCUUUGAAACACACUCUUCCGCCCUGCGCCUACGGGUCAAGGGUCAAGAUGAGCAGCCAUCCGCGCCGGAGUGCCCGACUAUCACCGCAUUUACAACAAGAGCAAUUCCAGCAAAGGAGCAGUGGUCGUUCUCCCUCGACCUUUACGAACAGCUUUUCGCAGCCCUCGAGCGCCUCAACGAGUUCUCACCCGAGCCCCGUCAGUGACACUCUACAACCUCCCCCGCCGCCACCCACUCCUCAACAGCCGCAGCAUCGCAUUCAGAUACAAUCGCACUUCAUGCCUCACCAACAGCAAGGACACUCGCAUAUUCACGCCCCGUUGCCUUCGCCUUCGGCUGCGCACAUGGGUCCAUUCUUCGGCGGGCACUACUCUCAGCCUAACACAUAUGCCUCCCAGCAAGUGCAUCCUGGUUAUCAAGGGCAACAGCCGUUUGGCGACCAACAACCCCAGGCGCGUCAACAAGAGCAACAGCACCAUCUACAUCCGCACACGAACUCGAUGUCCAAGGAGCACCCUGCAUACCCGCAGACAAUGGGCCCUGGGCAGUUGCCGCCUGAUUUUCUGGCGGAGGCAGCAAAACGUGCACAGAUGGCUUGUUUAAUGCGAGACUUGGGCGAUGUGUCACUUUAGAAGGGGCAUUUCUACAGCGUCCUGCCACCGUCCAUGCACUUUCCUCCCGCGACUCAUUUUGUUUUAUCAGAUACGACUUCUCGCCACCAGAUGGCUGCUCGGGUGAAAAUGGGUUUACCGAGGACACUUUGACUUUGGCAUGUGAUUGACCACAACAACACGAUGUUCAGCACCCACUCUAACCAUGCCACACAAAAGAACCUUUGUUCGGGAGACCACCUGGAAUGCAUCACUAUGCAGCCGAUGCUGCAACCGGCAACCACCCCGUCUAAUAUUGUCACCUUCCCGAUACAAUGCGGAAUAAGGACACUGAAUUUCCCUUCCAGCUUCCGAUGCAACGCACGCAACGAACUUGAUCUUGUUACGUCAGUAUCUCCACAUUUACGACACUGCCAUCUUACAAGCCACCUAUUGACUCUGUUCGUUUCUCAACUCUCGCGAUCAACUCUUAUCUACACGAUCGGAAUCGUUUUGUCUUCUCUUCUCUGGAGUUGUUGUUGUUCUCUUGGGCUGAUACCCCCAGAACGUUUGUCGCCAAUUUCUCGACGCAAUCGCAUGCGCCCACCGAGGGCAUAAUGGAUAAUCCACGGUCCGUUUGUGGGGACGGCUUCGUGUAUGCUUCUUGACAAUCAUAUCGAGGGACCAACCCUCUAUCGGGGUCAAAGUAAAAAAGGCAUAGAGGAGAUACUUGUGGGCUCAGUGCUCUCUCUUACCUUGUGAAAGAUUUUUGUUGUUGCUUUCCUGCUUUUAUUUGUUAGAUGAGCGAAGUGAAGAAAUGCAUUUGAUGCGGUGAAUUGGAGUUGACGAAGCAUCAAUGAACACCUGCUGGAGUACGUCCAAAUUUUUGUCUUUGGGAAGUUUUUUUGGUACACUCGGAGGUCUAAGAUCUAUGGGCUAUGGUGGGUAAGCCAGGGGCACAAACGGGGGGAGGGUGUUCAUGAUCUUGGAAAGUAUAGAUUCCCUUUCAAAGUCAACCCUAUGCCAGGUGAGACUACUCUGCGCUUCUUGGGUCCUCGUUCAGACGAGAUCAGAAAUGGCGGAAAGAAGGCGGGAUGGUUGAGGGCGGGUUUGGGAAUGGGAAUGGAAAUUGGAUUGAGAAUGAAAAACGACUUUCCCCUUU